AUGGCGUCUGGCAAACAAGCCGCGACGGGCAACCCCGGCGACGAGUUCCCAAUUCUGUGCGAGACGUGUCUGGGUCCGAACCCGUACAUCCGCAUGACGCGCCACGCGUGGGGAAACGCGUGCAAGGUGUGCGAGCGGCCGUUCACGUCGUUCCGGUGGCGGCCGGCGGGGCAGGGCACGCGGCCCAAGAAGACGGAGGUGUGCCAAACGUGCGCGCGCGCGAAGAACGUGUGCCAGACGUGCCUGCUGGAUCUGCAGUACGGGCUGCCGGUGCAGGUGCGCGACGCCAGCCUGGCGCCGGGCGACCGGCAGCGCGCCGUCGUGCCGCAGAGCGACGGCACGCGCGAGUACGCCGCCGCGCAGUCGGAACGCGCCAUCGCCACCGGCAUCGUCGACCGCGUCUACGCCGCGCCCACCGUCAACUCCAUCGCGGAGCGCGCGAAGAGGACCGCGCCCAAGUACGAGCGCAACCGCGCGCGCGUGUGCUCCUUCUUCCUGAAGGGCACCUGCACCAGAGGCCUGUACUGCCCGUACAGACAUGAGAAGCCCGAGAAGGACGAGGAGAGCGGCAUGGCCGAGCAAAACAUUCGCGACCGCUACUACGGCGUGAAUGACCCCGUGGCCGCCAAGAUUUUCGGCAACCUAGGCAUGUCUGCGGACGGCAAGCAGGCGGUGGUGUCGAAGAGGGGCGGCGGGGCUGCUGCGCCGCCGGUGCCGGAGGAUGGGAGUGUCAAGAGCCUGUUCAUCGGGGGCGUGAAGCCGGGCGUGGAUGAGGAGAGCUUGAGACAGCUGUUUUCGGGGUGCGCACGCCUUUCCCGCAUGUCCGUGCUCACGAGUCGGGGAAUCGCAUUUGUGGACUUUGCAGACCGAGCCGCGGCUGAGGAAGCGAUGCAAAGAGUGCACGGGGCGCAGGACGUGAAUGGGUGCAGAGUAUUCGUGAAUUGGGCGCGCGGGAGCACCAACAAACGAGCUCGCGUUCCUGACCCGUCCCAGCACCUCGACGCGUCACGCGAUGGCGGCAAGGGCGGCGGGCAUGGCCUUCAACCCGCCGCCCUUUCGGCGGCCGAGGAUUACACGGUCAAACGACAGCGGGCGGAGCCGGCAGCAACGGCGCCACGGUCAGCUGCAGACGCUGCGCACAGACCCGUGAGACCGGCACACACGCCCCCCCAGGAUGCAGCCAAGACUAUAGUGUUGGGGAAAGUGUCCUCCUUCCCUAGGCCGACCGCGUCUGCAAUACGGGACAAAAGCGCUCUACCACCAGCCAUAGCUUACACCAGCCAGAAUCCGUCUCAGCUUGGAAGUGUCGUGCGAAGAAAGUAG